UUACAUUCCCAACUUUUGGCUAUUUUGCGUGGAAAUUUCAGUCGAUUCCCGAUCAGAGACAUGAAAAGUGCUUUUAACAUAUUGCUAGUUCUGCUUGUAGCCCUAAGGGUGUAUGCCGAACAACCGAGGGCUUUAAGCAGCUUGUGUUCUUAUUUGAAUGACGGAAAAGAAUCGGUUUCAAAUCUAAGUACAACUAAGAAAUGCUUUGCUCGCUAUAUGCCGGAAUUGGAGAACGAGGGAGCCAGUUGGUCUCAGGGUUACAGUGGCUGCCAGAAGAGUGCCACCAAUGAACGACAGUCACUGCUUUCGAAGGUCAGUGUAACUCAGGAAAACAUUCGAAAGGCUGCCUUGGGACUAAACUCCUUUAUUGAUCAUUGCAUGGCGAUUAGUGAAGCUGUGGAUUUUUUCAACUGUUUUGCCAAGAUGUCCAAAGAGCACUUGACCACGGUGUACAGCAUUUCUUUCAGUGCCUCCGAAGAGGCUGUGAUUUUAAACCAAAAACUAAGCCAUAUACAAGUCGAGCAUUAUCUCUGCACAAAUCGCACUGAAUAUAGUUACAUCAAAAGCACUGAUCAGAUAUUUCAAUCCCUGGACCAAUGUCUGCAACAAAAUGAAAGUCAUUAAAUAUUUAUAAUGAAACAUACUAGUUUUUCUUGAACUUUGUUUGUUGAAGGAAUACUUAUAUACUGAGAGAAGAUAAGAUUCUUGAUUCUUUAUGGGGGAAAUACAGGCUUCAAAUAUAGUUUCCGCAUUGCA